AUGAAACAUCACUUCACAGUUCAUAGGAGAGAACAGUCAUCAAUUGAUGGGAGCACACUCAGUGUGACCAACCCAGACUCCAUGGAUAACAGCAUAGGAGUAUGCUGGCCAUGGACCAUGAAGAGAGAUGAGUCAUCUCCACGCCCGGGGCCGGCCCUCCCACACGAGGACAUCUUCUUCACCGCCCGGCCUCGGGGGCUCCUGGGCUGGAGCAGCUCCCUAUCGUCGUCAGAGUCCUCGGCCGAGUAUCAGUCUUACUCCCAGUACCAGUCCUGCUGCUCCUGCCUGCACGACCCGAAGGACGCGCCCCCCCAGAGCGUGUGCGCGCUCUACACCCAUGUGCAGACGGUGCGCGGCGUGGCCGUGGCCUGGGAGACCGAGGAGGGCUUCGAACCCGUCAGCAGGACGCCCCGCAUCCACGAGGCCCAGUUCAUCAAGCGCCAGCGACGCAAAGGCUCCUCCUUCGAGAUGGCCUCCAACACCGACCUGCACUGGGAGCUGGAAGCCUGCAAGAACGCCUCGUACCAGGAGCCCGACGAGGACGAGGACGAGGACACGGACACCACGGAGCUGCUGAGCCCCCUGGAGAGCUGUCUGCAGGAGCUGCGGGCGCCCCCGGACUGGCUGAUCACCACCAACUACGGGCUGCGCUGCGUGGCCUGCUGCCGGGUUUUCCCCACGCUGGAGGCCCUGCUGGAGCACGCGCAGCACGGCAUCCACGAGGGCUUCAGCUGCCAGAUCUUCUUUGAAGAGAUGCUGGAGAGGAAGAGGGCCCGGAAUCUACAAGAGCUGGGAGAAGAGGAGGUGGUGGAGGAGGAGGAGGACAGCCCCUCGGAAGGUAGCCGGUGUUCCAGUCCUCAAGUCAAGAUCCAGACGUCUGAACUACAGCCAGAGCCACCACAGCCCGAACAGCCGCCACCGCAGCAGCAGCAGCAAGCCCCGCAACAACAGUCACCAUCGAAGUCGAAGCAGAAACCCCAGCAGGCCUGA